AUGGCGAAGAACACUUCGAUAUAUCUGCGGAUUGGCGAGGGAAAAAACUUACCUGCAAAAGAUCUUGGAGAUGAUACUAUGGGAAAAAUUUCCAUGGACAAAGAGUUUCUUGAUAAUAACCCUCGAGUGGUGGUGCAUGUAACCAGUGGUGGUUUGCAUGUGACCAGUGGUGGUUUGCAUGUGACCAGUGGGGGUUUGCAUGUGACCAAUGGGGGUUUGCAUGUGACCAAUGGUGGUUUGCAUGUGACCAGUGGUGGUUUGCAUGUGACCAUUGGAGGUUUGUAUGUGACCAGUGGUGGUUUGCAUGUGACCAGUAGUGGUUUGCAUGUGACCACUGGUGGUUUGCAUGUGACCAGUAGUGGUUUGCAUGUGACCAGUGGUGGUUUGUAUGUGACAAUUGGAGGUUUGCAUGUGACCAGUGGUGGUUUGCAUGUGACCAUUGGAGGUUUGUAUGUGACCAGUGGUGGUUUGCAUGUGACCAGUGGUGGUUUGCAUGUGACCAGUGGGGGUUUGCAUGUGACCACUGGUGGAUUGCAUGUGACCAGUAGUGGUUUGCAUGUGACCAGUGGUGGUUUGUAUGUGACAAUUAGAGGUUUGCAUGUGACCAGUGGUGGUUUGCAUGUGACCAGUGGUGGUUUGCAUGUGACCAGUGGUGGUUUGCAUGUGACCAGUGGUGGUUUGCAUGUGACCAAUGGUGGUUUGCAUGUGACCAGUGGUGUGGUGGUGCAUGUAACCAGUGGUGGUUUGCAUGUGACCAGUGGUGGUUUGCAUGUGACCAGUGGUGGUUUGCAUGUGACCAGUGGUGGUUUACAUGUGGCCAGUGGUGGUUUGCAUGUGACCAGUGGUGGCUUGCUUGUGACCAGUGGUGGUUUGCAUGUAACCAGUGGUGGUUUGCAUGUGACCAGUGGUGGUUUGCAUGUGACCAGUGGUGGUUUGCAUGUGACCAGUGGUGGCUUGCUUGUGACCAGUGGUGGUUUGCAUGUGACCAGUAGUGGUUUACAUGUAACCUGUGGUGGUUUUCAUGUGAUCAGUGGUGGUUUGCAUGUGACAAUUGGAGGUUUGCAUGUGACCAGUGGUGGUUUGCAUGUGACCAUUGGUGGUUUGCAUGUGACCAGUGGUGGUUUAUAUGUGACCAGUGGUGAUUUGCAUGUGACCAGUGGUGGUGCAUGUGACCAGUGGUGGUUUGCAUGUGACCAGUGGUGGUUUGCAUGCGACCAGUGGUGGUUUGCAUGUGACCAGUGGUGGUUUGCAUCUGGAAUCGAAAAGUGGUUCAAAUUAAAGAAAGUUAACAGAGACACUGAAAUACAGGGAGAAAUACACAUCAAUAUCACAUUAGUUGAAGUCAACAAUCAGUAUACAGUGAAAUGUCAAGUUAUAGAAGCUAGGGAUCUGGCCGCAAAGGACAAGACUGGGACAUCAGAUCCAUUUGCCAAGCUGAUAUUCAAUGGAAUAACAAAAACCACACAGAUUAUUAGAAGAACAAGAUUUCCAAGAUGGUAUGAAUCAUUUGAGUUUGAAAUAACAGAGCCGCUAAAGGACUCGGUUAUUUCGUUGAGCAUAUGGGACUGGGAUAGACUGGGAAACAAUGACUUUAUGGGACAAUUAGAAAUACACCCAGUUGACUUAGUUCCUAAUAAAACAUAUGAUGAGUGGAUACGAUUGAAAACCAGACAAGUUCAAGAGCAAGAUCAAACAGAAGGCCCCGACCUUGGGUCACUGAGGUUAAAGGUCAGAUGUUCAGAAGAGAGAAUUUUGCCUUCACAGUACUACCAACCUCUUAUAGAUUUAUUAGUGGAAUCUGUAUCUCAGGCCCAGGCAGAAGGUUCCACACCACUCAAUAUGCUAGAAGAAGUGAUGACGCUUGAUAAAAUGGAAGUAGCGACUACGUUAGUGAAGAUAUUUUUAGGUCAGGGUAUGGUGCUGCCAUUUUUAGAUGUACUAAUAAUGCAAGAAGUUGGCAGAGCUAAGGAUGCUAACACUCUAUUCAGAGGAAACACCUUGGCAACCAAAUCAGUUGACCAGUUCAUGAAAGUCAUCGGAAUGCCUUAUUUACAUGAAACACUAGCACCUGUCAUUGAUAAGAUAUUUGACGAACGAAAACUGGUGGAACUUGAUCCGGAUAAAUUGGAUCAACUCCGGAGGAAACUGAGUGUGAAAACCAUGAGUGCCAAUCAAAUGUUAGAACACAGUACAGCCACAUUGACUUCAUACCUGGUUUCUAUCAUUAACUGCAUACUAAUGUCUGUCGAUCGAUGUCCACCUGUCAUGAGGCUUGCAUUUAAGCAACUCAGAAAGCGCGUAGAAGACAGGUUUCCUGAUCAUGAACACGAGGAUAUCAAAUAUCUGUGUAUCAGCGGGUUUUUAUUUCUGAGAUUUUUUGCACCAGCAAUAUUAUCACCGAAACUAUUUUCAUUGCGAGAACAACAUGCCGACAAAUAUGUCAGCCGCACACUAACACUGCUGGCCAAGACUAUACAAAGUAUAGGAAACCUUGGAGCUCAGCUUGGAAAGGAGCAGUAUAUGGAACCUUUGUUUCCUGUUAUCAUGGAUAGCGCUAUCCGAAUAAAAGACUUUCUUGACAGACUGAUUGACAUUGACGAAGAAGAAGCCCAACAUGACCUGGAUUACCUGAAAGUCCCUGCAGGUGAAUUACAACAGAGAAGUGUCUUCCAUCAUUCGAUGACCAUCAAAGAAGGCUAUGUGCGAAAAAGACGCGGAGAAGACAUUGCAGUCGUCACACCGUUCACAUUUAAGAAACGUUACUUCUGGUUGAGCAAUGAAAAUCUAUCAUAUGCAAAGGAGCCAGAGAUCGAAGUCAGGUCAACGAUACAGAUUCCCCGUACCUGUGCAGUGGAAAGAGUCGACACUAAUGCAUUUCAACGGCCAUAUAUGAUGCAAGUCAUCUACAAAGACUCAGAGGGAAACCCCAAAACACUUUACAUGCAGGCCAAGGAUGUAAAUGACAUGCACCAAUGGUUGUCUGCGAUUAGAAAGACGUGCGUUUCUAAUGUAAAUAUGAUGGAUACAUUUCAUCCUGGAGCGUACAGGGGAAGUCGCUGGACAUGUUGUUUGCAGACGGCUAAAUCAGCCAGAGGGUGUAGUAAAACUCAUUCAGCGUGUACUCUUGGUGAUUGGCGUGAUCCACUGGAUCCUGAUGCGGAAACACAGACAAUAUAUUCACAGUUGUUACUAGGAAGGGACAUGUUAAGAACUAAAUAUUUGGAAUCAUCAGAUCUUGGUAAUGCAGCCGCAGAUGCCAUUAGUCAAACAGUGAAUGGGGAUGACAUAGUACCGGAAGAUGACAGCUCAAGUGGUUUAAAGAAAAGCCAGUCUUUCCAUGAUUCACGUAUGGCAGCUGCAGCAACAUUACUUGAUGUCAUCAGUGAUUUAGAAAGAGCACAUCAAGCAUUUGAAAGAAGAGAAAAAGAAAAGGAAAAAGAAUCUUUUGCCGACAGCUGA